GUGGGUUGUCCUACGCGGGAUCAUCUCCGCUCUACUCCACUUUUUCACUGCAACGUCCGAUUUUAAUCAUCCAUAGACAAUCCAACUCCACUCCUCCCAUAAAUCCUUUUCUCCGCCGCCCCCUCCUCCUCCUUCUCCGUCCUCCCUCACCCCCCACAGCGAUUGAAUAAAAGAGAGUAAUCUCAAUUUGAUGAUGGCAUCAUCAUCUAUUAGUAAUCCCGAUACAAACUCCAACUCAUCGCCUAAAAUGCGAAAAAAAAUCGGCCAUGAAUCGGAAACCGGAAUUCUUACCGCCGAUACAGAACGAUCCAGAUGGAGAACCGAAGCAGAAGCAAAAAACUACUCAAUCAAACUCGUCAAAGCCCUCCGCCGCAUCCGCCGCCGCGACUCCUCUUCCAGCGGUUCCAUCCACGAGUCAGCCGAUAGAGUCCUGGCAGUGUCUGCCAAGCGCAGGACUCGCUGGAGCAGAGCCAUUCUUACGAAACGACUCCGCGUACGACUCAACCAGAUCAAUAAGAAACACAAGAAAGCAAAAGUUUCUUCCGAUAAUCGGUUGAAGAAACCAGUUGCCAAGAACAAGCCGCCGUCUUUGCAGAGGAAGGUAAGAAGUUUGGGCCGUUUAGUUCCCGGCUGCCGGAGCCUUUCAUUUCCGAACCUUCUAGAAGAAACAACUGAUUAUAUCGAGGCUCUUAAAAUGCAAGUCCAAGCCAUGACUUUACUCACCGAGCUUCUUGCCGGAUACGACACAUUAGCCGGUUCGUCAGAUCAUCUCGGCUCAGAUGUGGUUACCACUACCAGUAACUAGUACGCUUAUGGUUCCUUUUCUUUCAAUUUUUUUUUUCUUUUUUUUUGUGAAUUUCUUCCUUUUGAUAUUUUUAUAAACUUUGUUAAUAAUUAAUUAUUUAUUACAUUAUUGUAUGUAUAUUUGCCCUUCGUUAGCCUACCUGUAUGCAUUCUCUUUAAAGUU